UGUCCCGGACGUGACGUGCAAAGGUAAACAGAGAGAACCUGUGACGUCAAACGAUCCAGGAAAUCAAACAUUAGUAAACUAACGCUAUAUUUCGUUGCAUACUGAAGCUUCGAUGACUAUUUGGCCGGCGUGUCAAGGAUAACGGGAGCGAAGCCAGGUUGUAUUUCAAGGUUGGAUGAGGCAGUAGUGGAAUGUUCACUGACAUGGACUAUGACCUUGAAGAAGACAAGUUGGGCAUACCCACGGUCCCCGGAACGGUGACUCUGAAGAAGGACGGGCAGAACCUGAUUGGCAUCAGCAUCGGGGGCGGGGCCCAGCACUGUCCCUGCCUCUACAUCGUACAGGUGUUCGACAACACGCCCGCGGCCUUGGAGGGCACGCUGGCGGCGGGCGAUGAGAUCACCGGGGUCAACGGCAAAUUAGUGAAGGGGAAAACCAAGGUGGAGGUGGCCAAGAUGAUCCAGGCUGUACAGGAAGAAGCUGUGAUCCACUACAACAAGCUGCAGGCGGACCCCAAGCAGGGCAAGUCCCUGGACAUAGUGCUGAAGAAGGUGAAGCACCGCCUGGUGGAGAACAUGAGCUCCGGCACAGCCGACGCCCUGGGCCUCAGCCGGGCCAUCCUCUGCAACGACGGACUGGUCAAGAGGCUGGAGGAGUUGGAGAAAACGGCAGAGCUUUAUAAAGGCUUGAUGGAGCACACCAAGAGGCUUCUCAGGGCCUUCUUUGAGCUUUCUCAGACCCACAGAGCGUUCGGGGACGUGUUCUCCGUCAUCGGCGUGCGGGAGCCGCAGGCGGCGGCCAGCGAGGCCUUCGUGAAGUUCGCCGACGCCCACCGCAACAUCGAGAAGUUCGGAAUCCAGCUGCUGAAGACCAUCAAGCCGAUGCUCCAUGACCUGAACACGUACCUCCACAAAGCCAUCCCUGACACCAAGCUCACCAUCCGCAAGUACCUGGACGUCAAGUUUGAAUACCUGUCCUACUGCCUGAAGGUGAAGGAGAUGGACGAUGAGGAGUACACCAGCAUCGCCAUGGGAGAGCCCAUGUACCGGGUGUGUACUGGUAACUACGAGUACCGUCUGGUGCUGCGCUGUCGUCAGGAGGCCCGGGCGCGCUUCGCCAAGAUGAGGAAGGACGUGCUGGAGAAGAUCGAACUGCUGGACCAGAAACACGUCCAGGACAUCGUGUUCCAGCUGCAGCGCUUCGUGUCGGGCAUGUCGCGCUACUACGACGAGUGCUACGCCGUGCUGAAGGAGGCGGACGUCUUCCCCAUCGAGGUGGACCUCUCCCGCACCAUGAUCAACUACGGCGGCCAAUCACAGGCCUACGACGACCAGGAGGACGAGGAGGAGGAGGAGGAGGAGGAGGAGGCGAAGGACAAGGAGGAGGGCGGAGGAGGAGUGGGCAGACAGGCGGAGAACGGCGGCGAGAAGCUGAUUGACGACGAGUGAGGGUCACAGGGUCAGGGUCAUGUGAUCUGUCCCGCCUCUGGUGGUUCUUCUUCUUCUUACCCACCCCCACCACCUUGAGAUCUUCCUGCACUGCUUCUGGAAAAUAACCACUCCCCCCCCCCCCCUGCCCGUGUGCCGGGAAGGUCACCUGAUCAGACCACGACCGUGACAGAGGCCUGCUGAAGUCCUGCUGUGCCGCCAGUGAAUGGGCAGAGUUACACUGGAAUAUUACACUGGAAUAAUCUCAGUUAUACCGGAAUAUUACAGUGAAAUGUCCUCAGUAACGCUGGAAUGUUCUGGAAUAUUACACUGGAAUAUUCAUAUAGUUACAUUGGAAUGUUCUGUUGCACUGGAAUCGUUUAGGUUACAAUGGAAUAUUACACUGGAAGGUUCACAGUUACAGAGUGAUGUAGUUUAUUAUUCAUUUGUUUAUUAUUCCCAUUUAAAAUUCAGAGGAAUAUUGAUGGUUACACUGGAUUCUAUUAAUGUAAUAUGAGAUACAUUAUGCAUGUUCGUCUCAACCACAAAUCAAAGCCUUUGAUCCUUCCUGCUCCGAUAGCCCUGUGCUACCGCUAGCCCUGUGCUACCGCUAGCCCUGUGCUACCGCUAGCCCUGUGCUAUUUCUGAUGAGUGCAGGAAGGGGGGGUAUAUCCCAGUGACUUUAGACUUAUCGUCUAUGGCGCGGUCAGCAGUACUGUCUGAAUGUUGUGUGCCUUCUCUUCUGACUGCCUGUGUAGGAUGUUGUAACAUGAAGGGGUAUUAAUACAGAUCAUACAUUAGGGUUAACUGACCCUCCGCGCUAAAAGGCAAUAAGUGCUUUUAUAUUUCAGCCAAUGCUCAAGCCUUUAUGAAUGGCAAUGGGAAUUAUUAUAAGUUCUAUACAAACUGAUAACUGAGUAAAAUUACUAAACAUAUCUAGUAGAAAUAAAUAAAUAAUGGAUAGAAGGAUAUAAAGACAAGAUUAAAUAUGUCGCAGGUUUGUUACAAACACACACUGGUGUUUUCAGAUCCUCUAUAAUUGAGUGCACUAAAAAUCUAUAGCCUACGUAUCUUUUGCCUUUUCAAAGUUCAUUUUAAAACUUUAAACUGUAUGUGAUAUAUUGUAUUUAUGAAGGGAAAUCAUUGUGGCAUUAUGACCAAACUAAAGCUUCCUUGUACUUUGAUUUUAGAAGUUAUAUUUUCCACUUUUGUUUUGUUAAAUUAACUUAGUGUGAGGAGCAACCCUUUUCUGUCAUUCCAAGCCUCAUUAUUCAUGAGACUUGGAUCACUCCAAGUUUAAUUAGUUAACUAUCUUUUUAUGUCGGACAGCUUGAGGGAAUUACUGUUUGUGUAUCUGAAAUAUUAUUUAAUGUUUUUGUUUAUUGUAAUAUUGUUGCUAUAUACGGUUGGUAUGAUUUAUUUCAUUGUGGCUUUAAUCACACAGCGUUUGCUUCUGUUUGUGUGUGUGUGUGUGUGUGCGUGAGGGGCUUCAGACUAUGAAUAAAAUAUAUUUCUCCCUG